AUGCCCGCGCUCACCACCGACGACUGCUACAAGCACGCCGGCCGCUUCUCGGAGCGCGUCGCGCUCAUCACCGGCGCCGGGUCGGGCUUUGGCCGUGCCCUCGCCAUCGAGUUUGUCAAGCUCGGCGCAUAUGUCGUGCUGGGCGAUGUGGACAUGAAGGGUCUGGACGAGACGUGUGGUAUCCUUGUUGGCAUUGCGGGCGACGGCGUCUUCUGCAAGCGCAAGUGCGACGUCACGUCGUGGGAGGACCAGCUUGCCCUCUUCGACCUCGGCGUCAAGUCGUACGGCCACAUUGACAUUGUCCUCCCCAACGCAGGCGUCACCGAGGUGGGCCGCUUCGACCCGCGCGAGGACGGGCCCGACACUGGCGCGCCCACAAAGCCCAACAUGAAGACCCUGGACAUUGACCUCAUUGGCGUGCUGUACACUGCACGCAUUGCCCUCUGGCACUGGGAGCACGACAAGCGUGCCGACAAGGGCCUGCGUGCCCUGGUGCUUACGGGCUCCAUGUCGACGUUCUACGGAAGCGACAGCGGCGUCAUGUACGGCGUGGCCAAGGCGGGUAUGCUGGGUAUUAUGAAGGGUGUGAUGCCCGUGUGCGACGAGCUCAACAUCCGUGUGGCUACUGUCUGCCCGUACUUUUCCAAGACCGGCAUCCUCACCGACGACUUUGUCCACCCCAACCCGUCGUUUGGCUUUGCAAAGGUCGAGGACGUCGUGUCGGCCUUUAUCGCCGGUAUCAGCGACCCAGACCCCAAGACAAACUACGGCGCCUACCUCAUCCCGGACGCAAAGGGCGUGUACCGUAUGGAGGCUACCAGGAACUUUGUCGGCGCCGAGGCUGCGCGCAGGAUGAAGCCCAAGGCCGCCAAGCUCUAA